GCUGAAACCGCUGCUUACCUGGUGGCAGAUCUAUGAGUGAUGGCCGUCACCACCAAGGGGUACACAAGAGUGCGCCUCAAUCAGAGCGCAUUGAUCCCUCGGCGCGUCAGCAAGCCUCGUCCAUGGGGCGGCGAUGGGCGGGUCUUUCGAGGGCUGGAGGCCGAGCACUUCGAUAUCGAUGAUACCAUCGCUGCCCUCCGCAACACGCUGGCCGAUUUUGCUCGACACGGAUCAUUCAGGGGGCGGGAGGCGGUGUGGCAGCGGCACAGUCUGACUGUGGAUAGUGCCAUUGGAGCAGUGCAACCGCUGGCUGCUGCGUCCUUCUUGACGAGCUACAGCAAGGCGGUGAGUCAGUGGGCAAGGGCGAUGAAUGAAUGGAACAUACGAAACGUGAUUGAAUCUGUGUGUCUGGUGGCUUUGUGUGCGCAGGGUUACUUCGACGCUGUGGUUGUCCCCUCUCUGCUUGAGAGGCUCCCCGCAGUCCCAGAGAGCGUCUGUCCCCGCAGCCUCUCUAUGGCCCUCCUCGCCGCAUCUCGCCUGCUCCCCUCCGACCCGCCUCCAUCCAUCGACCUUGCGGCCCUCCGACACACCAUCCAGUGGAUGUGCGAGGCUUCCCGCAACCUCAGCGACAGGUUCAAUGUGCACGACAUCGUCAGCUUGAUCGGGGGCAUCAGCCGCAUGCCGGCUGUCUACAGGCCGGCCGAUGAGUCCUUGCGCGGCGUCGUGGGUGCGAUGGUAGUGGGUGCGACUUCAAUGGUCGGGGGGUUGCGGGCGUUUGAGGCGGCGAAUUUGGUGCACAAUUUGUCACUGCUGCCUUACCGUGACAAAGAGUUGCUCGGCGCCAUCUCGGACCGUGCUCCUCAGCUGUUUGAAGGUCGAUAGAAACACUACACUCACUGCAUGUCAUGUCCGUCUGCCGGAGAUCACAGGGGGGAUGUGUGUGCGUCGUGUCGUGUUGCUUCCUGGCUGCCAUCAGGCGACGACCUGCCCCGCAAUCUGGUGCUGCUGAUCUACGCCUUCUCUAAGCUGGGUUACCAUCGGCCGUCCUUUAUGACGUGGGUCCACCACCAUCUGCACCGGACUGGGGCUGUGAUGCGCUUCAACGCCCAGGACUGCGCCAACUUCUUCGACGCCUGUGCCAAGCUGCAGUCGCUCGUGCCUUCAGAGGUUGCUCAGGCCUUAGCCAAACGCGUCUAUAGGCUUGAAACAGAGGUAGGUGCGCCGCGCCCACAUGCAGCUCACAGAUACCUACCUCAGGGCAUGUCCAUCUGUAUGCCUUUCUUUCUUCUGCUCAGUUGGAGCUUCGCCACCUUGCUGCUCUAAUCCAUGCGUUCUCCUCCCCUGCCGUCGCAACGUUCCCAAGAGGGGAGCUGGCGAGCUUCAACGAGUGGCUCCUCGGCUGCUGCGAGACCCGCAUCCAACGAUCACGCCACCCGUCCUCCCACGAUCUCCUCAGCCUCGUGUCCUCCCUGGGUGUGGCCGGCCACAGACGGCCGUCCCUGUUUGCUCUCGUUGCUGCUCGUUUGGGGCUUCCUGAAAGGGUCUCAUCACUUUCUCCCAGUCAGCUGGCUAUCGUGGCGUCGACAUACGCGCGGCUUGACCUGGUGCCAACGUUCCCCCAUCUGCUGCACGGCAUCGAGAGUGCUGUCCGCCAGUGUGUCGAUCAUGUGAGUGGAGGGACGUCCGGUGACCAUCGAGAAAUGGGCAGUCAGCUGCAGCUGUGGGGCAACCUGGCUUUUGCAAUGGCCAUGGCCCAGCACACCCAUCCCUUGCUACUGGGAGCAAUGCUGCAAAUCCGCUUCCAGCCGAGACACGUAGCCCCGAAGCUCUCUGCUGCUGCCUACGAGGGCGUCUGGGGCCCCCUGCGCCAGCUGUAUCAGUGGAGCGGCCUGCACGGCUGGGAAGCCGCCAAGUGGAUGACGGCACUCGCAGCAUGCAAAUGGCAGCUCCGGCGAGGCAGCGACGAGAGCCAGUCCGUCGAGGACUCUCUGUCUCUCGCGUCGCUCGAGCGGGCUCUCUAUGUGGCUGUCUCUUACGAGGCCUUUCAGGAGAAGCUCACGUCUGAGCGUCGAGGCAUCGAGAGCUGUGAGAGCGAUCUGGCCUUCAGCUGGUCAGGAGGGCUGUCGACGUCCGAGGCAGCAGAGCUGCUUGACUCUACCGAGCAGACACAGCUGCCGACCUCCGACGCAAUGGGCCGAGAGGUGGAGGGGACAUUGGGCAGACUGCAUGCGCUGGGGCGGGUGGAGGUGUCGGCACAUCACCUGGCUGGGCAAUUCCGUCUGGACUUCCUAGUCAUGCCGGGGAGGGGGGAGACCGAGACCAAUACACAUGUCGGCGAGGUCAGGUGGUCGGCAGCUGAAGGCGAGGGUGCGAGGGUGCGUGCCUGACUGCAGAGUGACGACUUUCUUCAUCAAGCUAGCAUGAAAUAUAUUGGCAUAUAUAUACCUGCCGUUGAAUGCCAUUUGACAGGGGAGGCAUACAUGUGCAGGUGAGUCCAUACCCUCAGUCGAUUUCUGUGAGGGGUCAGAAGCCGGUGGUCCUCAGUAGGUCGGGGGGGCCUGGUGGGUGUGAUGCGAUUGAGAUGUG